AUUUCUUUUUUCUUCGCACGGUCCGACCUUCCUUUCUCUAUACGAAUUUUAGUUGAAAAACUCACUUUCACCUUAUUAUCGCGAUUUAAAUUAUAUCACGCGCCUCACAUUCCUACCUUGCCGAGUGCAAAAAUUUUCGUUGAUGCUUGCAUAGGAUUAUUUACCUAAAAUAAGUUCGAAAGUAGAAUAGAGAUAUCUUGUAAUUAUACUAUUUAUUUUCUAUUUAUCGUAUUGAUAAGGAUGUAGGGCUGUGAUAAGAAGUGAGCUGAUGGUAAACAGAAGAUAUUGGAGUUUCAAUUGACAAGCAACAAGCAGAAAUAUAACCAUCAGCCAUGCAUAUGUGGAUGUGGUUCGGCUACGAUCUCGGGCCUUUUCUAUUCUCCUGCCUCGACAUAACCACGCGCUGGCAGUUCGCUCUCACGUGGAUAGUGCUGUUUGUGGUGGCGCUUCUAUUUGAAGCUUCUAAGGUCUACCUGGCGAGAGUGCAGCGCGCCGCCCAAAAACGGCUAUACCCUUACAGGUCUGACGAACGGCGGAAUCUGCUGUGCCGGGACCUCCCCGUCGAGCCCGGGACCAGUCGCAACGCCAGCCACGGUCAGGUUGAAAGAUGGGCGUCUUUGAAGACCAGGAUGCUAAUAAACACGCACCAAACAUGCGUGUUCUUGCUCCACAAUGUAGUUGGCUAUCUCCUGAUGUUGGCCGUGAUGGUCUACAACGUGGAGCUGAUGCUGGCGGUGGUGCUAGGCAUGAUGUUAGGUUACUUCCUCUUCGGCCCGAAGCUUACGAGACUGCAAAUGCAGUGCUUCCGUACAAAACGCGUCGUGAUAUGCACUCCGGAAUGCGAUGACACAGCUGAAACAUCCACCCCGCCGCUCCUAGACGCCUCUCUCACCACGGAGUCGGAUUACUUCAUCUGUCAAACGCGCACCUGCAUCCAACCCUCCCACUACUUCCGCGCCAGCACAUCCCAGGAGACACCAGCCAGCUGCCACUUCGGCGCUAAAUGUCCGUCUAAAGUCGCUAAGGUUAAAACUUUACAGAAACCCUGCCAUGAAGAGGAGCCGAACGUAGAAGACACGCAGUUGCUCGGUGAUAAUAGUUGUUGUAAUAAAGAAAAGGUGGAAGUCGACCAGCCUGCUAGCUCGUGCUGUAAGGAGGGUUCUCCUGAACAGGUGAGAGAGGACAGCCCUAAAAUAACUUGCUGCAGCUCUAAAGCGACGCCAACUGAUAGUCAGGAGCAGAUUAUUUGAUAGGUUUUUUGAAUGAAAUGGGGGUUUAACCUUUUCGACGCCGUGUCAAACACAAAAGCUGUCACUCGGACGCCACAAAACUGAAAUUGAACUUUAUGCGCACGUAGGUCUAUGUUGCUCUGUGAUCUGUGACCGAUUAAUCCGUCUUUGGCGUUGGACCUGCGGUGAGGAUAUAUCGGUCAUUGGCGUCCAAAAGGUUAAAAUAUUAAUUGGUGGAUAAUAUUUCUGGAAAUCCAAAAUAACUUUGAAGUUUAUAGAAUCUUGGACUAUGUUUUUGUCAAUAAGGGAUUACUAAUAGAGUCAGACCAAACUAUCAUUGCACAGAGUUUGCAGUGAAUGUGUAACUACCAAAAUGUACGGCCAAUCUUUAUGAAAAUAUGAGGUUUAUAAUAUCACUUCAAAGUCUGUGCAGGGUAAGUUUCGGUCUAUAAAAUAUUUACAUUUUAAUUGACUUCAUGGAGGAGGCUAAGUUAAAUAUAAUUAAUCCAUUAAAUCUUGGACUAACUAUAUUUUGGGCAUUCACAUAAUUGAUAGGUUUUUGUUUCGGAAAAGUUGUAGAAUUUUUUUAAAUGAUGUUUUUGAUGGCAUAGGGUAAUUCGCCAGGAACUGGCCACCGGCUAAUAAUUGGCCACUUUAAACUAAAAAUUAUUUUCUGCUAUAAACAGAAUUUAUUAUAGUAUGUAAUAAGUUUAAAUAACUGGCCAGUCUUCAAUAACUAGCGACCUUAUACUAAAAUGAAUUCUGUUUAUAAGUGAAUAGAUUUUUUUUAGUUUAAGGUGGCUAGCUGGCUAGUUACUAAUAGGUGCCCAGUUACUGGUGAUUUACCCUACCUACGUUUAGUAACUGUUUGAUAAAAAAAAACGUCCGAGAAGUACCUGUCGACCGCCGGCACAUGGGCGGCACAGCAAUAUCACUAUUACGCGCGUGCGAUAGAGAUAGGAGCAGGGUCAAAGUACGGAAUUCUUCGUGCUUAGCGCCCUUACUUUAUCUAGGGAGUCAGAUUAGGAUGUUUCUUGCAAAGGAUAUACAUAGAUUGAUUUAUGUUUUAAUUUACCCAAAUAACGUAGCAAGUUUUAUUUAGUCAACCUUUAGACGUUUUAAAUGUAUUUUUAGAAUCUUAUUUGAAUUUAAAAAAAAUCUCAGCCAAGUUGGUAGUCGUUUAUCGAUACGCCAAUCGAAUAGAGAAAUUUAUGAUUGGCGUUUGUUAAAUAUGAUUGUUUCUCGGCCGAGGUAAGGUCAAUGGCCACUUGCACCAUCCAGGCUUAGCCACUAACUCGGACUUAACCGUUAACACAGGUUUAAAUUGUACUGGUAUCUCCGGGUUUAACCGGUUAACCCCGAAUUAGUGGCUAACCCUGGAUGGCGCAAGAGUCCCUAAGAUACACAAAAUGACGAUUUUAUUAUUUUAGAAUAGUUUGUAAUAUAUAAAAUGUUCCAUGCGUAUAUUUUUGUAUAUCUAGGUGCUAUAAUGUAUAUGUUGUUUAACUGUUUGCAUGUAGUAUAUAGAAUAGAUAUCUUCGAGCAACACCGGCUUCCGACACGUCGGAAGGGAGGGGCCCAAGCGAUAUCUCGCCGUACAAAUCUUUCUGCCAUUUUUCGCGGGGGGAAAGGUGCACACAGUCGCAUUUCUCACACACUUACAUACAAAAUCCAAUCUGUAAUGACGACACAAAUACAUAGAAAAUGACACACGUCAAAGACAAAUCUUGCAAACCUCGAUCUCUUUUUAUGUACGGACGAGUGACUAGUGUCACAACACGCACACUAACACAUUUUCGUUGAAGUAUGUCAUUGUAUUCUGAGAGAUGAGAAGUCGGAUUUGUCGCUCGACCGAUCCGCAAUUUGUACUGAGCGAGCAAAAUCGAUAAAUCCAACAAUUACUUGAGACUAAAAUAUAAUAAUUGUAUUUAAAUGUAAUUU